AUGUCCGAACGUGGGCACGGUCUUGCGGUUCUCUUGUUACUACUUUCGUCUUCGGCUUUUGUCCUCAAAAGUGCCGAUGCUGCCAGAAAGACGAGAGCUGAAGGGAGACACGGUGUUGUAGCGACUGAUGAUACGGAAUGCUCUAAAAUUGGAAGAGACGUACUUAAACGAGGAGGGCAUGCUGUCGAUGCUGCAGUGGCUGCUACACUAUGCAUUGGUGUUGUAAGCCCAGCGGAUAGUGGUCUCGGCGGAGGGGGAUUUAUACUCGUCCGGACAGCUAAUGGAGAGGCGGAAGUGUUUGAUAUGAGAGAAAUGGCACCGGCCCUAGCGUCAAAGGAUAUGUUCACUAAUAAGUCUGAAGCCGAGUGGAAACACGGUGCUCCGUCCAUAGCCGUUCCCGGACAGCUGGCAGGUCUAUACACAAUCCACCAAAAAUACGGAAAGCUUCCGUGGGAGUCGAUUGUAAGGCCAGCCGAGAAACUAGCUCGUCAAGGUUUCAGAGUUUCGCAAUCUCUCUUUAACAAAAUGGUGAGUGAAGAGUCAGCCAUUAUGGCCGACGACGAUCUUCGAAGCACAUUUGCUCCCAAUGGACAGAUGCUCGUCGAAGACGACGUCCUUCGUCGUAAAAAGCUAGCGGACACGCUGGUGAAAAUAGCCAAACACGGCAUGAAAAUGUUUUAUAAUGGAUCGAUAGCAACAAAGCUGGCAGAAGAAAUCCAAUCUAGAGGCGGGAUAAUCACCAAGGAAGACUUCCAAAAAUAUCGAGUUGUUACGAGAAAGCCUUUGGUUGCUCACGUACUAGGAGGACAUAAAUUGCUUACGGUACCGCCUCCUGCAUCGGGAGGUGCAAUGGUGAUUCUUAUUCUCAAGACUCUUUCCAUGUACAAUAACACGAGGGUUCCUGUCCCACUGUUGGUGCACCGGACCGUCGAGGCACUAAAAUACGCGCUUGCGAUGAGGAUGGAUCUAGGAGAUCCUGGAUUUGUUAAUGUUACAACUACCUUGAAAAAAAUGAUUUCAACCAGGGUCGCGGAAAAACUGAAGACCCUCAUAAAUGAUAACAGAACAUUUGAUCCUCCGCAUUACGGCAGCAAAUGGGCUCAGCUAGACGAUCACGGCACAAGUCAUAUAUGCAUCGUUGACCAACACCGGAAUGUCGUCACGAUGACGACGAGUAUAAACACUAGAUUUGGGUCGCUCAUUAUGUCACCAAGUACCGGGAUAUUCCUCAACAAUCAGAUGUACGAUUUUUCCAUUCCAACGUCACAAGUUAGGCCAGGAGCACCGGCAAAUUAUGUCAGUCCAUUUAAAAGGCCUUUGUCGUCAAUGGCCCCUAUUAUUCUCGAGAAGGAUGGAAGGUUAAGGGUUGUCAUAGGUUCUGCUGGAGGUCUGCUGAUACCUGAUGCAGUGACUCAGGUCUUAAUUAAUUUCUUCAUCUUAAAAAUGAAUACUUAUGAUGCUGUCAAGGCUCCAAGGUUUUAUCACAAGUUAUAUCCAAAUGAGAUUCGAUUUGAGAACUACACAUCCAAAAAUCGUGGUGAGACGUUCCAAUAUUCGUCCACGACAUGGACGGAACUGGAGAAAAAGGGUCAUAAGGCGGACCGUGCAUUUGGUUUGACGACAUGCCAAUUCGUGGUUCAAAAAUUGAAGAGUAGUGAGCUUAUUGCUAUUAGUGACCCGAGAAAAGGUGGAUUUCCAGCAGCUUAUUGA